UAUAGGAGGACCUAGAGCUCGACUUAGCCUGGUUUUAUGCAGGGAUUUGGCUUUAAAUUGUGCUCUUUAUACAUUUUAUUGUGCUUUACCUGUUUAUGCGCCGCCACCUGUGGACUUUGUAAUGAUGGCGGUGGUUUACUUGGAAUGCCGUUGCUUCUCUCCUUGUUGGGGUUUGACGGUUUAACCGGCAAUACAAGAAAUCCAACAGUAAAUACAAGAAGCGCGGAUGUUGUUAAUCCUCCUUCUUCUGUAGCUAAUCCUGUAGCUAACCCUGUUGUUAACCUUCCUGUUGCUCCCCAACAACAACCCUCUUCUCCGGAUACUGCUAUAAGGGCUGGAGCACCUCCAAUACGAGAGGAAAGUGAUGAUGACGCUUCUAAUAAUUUUGCCAAUGUUUCAAUUCAAAAUUCUUUCCCAAUUAAUAACAACUUUGCUACAGCCCAAUUAUCAAAUAACAGGAGAAAUUUAAAUAGUAAUCCAACAAAAUUUAAUAUUCAACCUCCUUUAAUACAAUUUGCAAUACCGCCAGGUUUACAAAUUCCUACUCAACAAAAAAUAAGAGAAAAAUUGAUACAACUGGGGGUUAUAAGGGGGUAUUAA